AUGGCCGACGAGAACAGCACGCACAAUGCCAUCAGUGCAUACUUUAUUGGGCCGAAAGCCGAAAACCUCGACAAUUUCCGGGGCAAUGUGGACAUCAUCCUGGACGAGCUAAAGCGGGCAAGACUGAGAUAUGCCAGACGAAACGAAGACCCGGACUUCAUCUCAGAUGACGCGAAGAUGUCGGCCGAGUACAGGCAGGUGUCGGCCAAGUUCCAGAAAGCGGUCCGUAACACGGCGAAGCUGCUUGGGAAGCACUCAGUGCCGUUCUGGUCUCCGCGAUACCAGGCGCACAUGUGCACCGACAUGACCAUGCCGUCACUGCUUGGCUACUUUAUGACCAUGAUCUACAACCCCAACAAUGUCGCGCUUGAGGCCAGUCCCAUCAGCACCAUCGCCGAGGUCGAGGUGGGCGAGCAGCUGUGCGAGCUGUUCGGCUACAACAACGACUCGACCAAGAAGCACGAGCCGACUGGCUGGGGUCACAUCACUUGUGACGGGACAGUUGCAAAUCUUGAGUCCAUCUGGGUUGCACGGAACCUUAAAUUCUACCCAUUCUCGCUCAAAUGGGCCAUGGAAGAAGGUCAGCCGCUCGCCUUCAUCCCGGAGGACUUUCGCGUGCGAACGUGCCAGAACGUCCUGAAAGAGUUCCGCAAACUCGACGAGUGGGAGUUGCUGAACCUGCGGCCCAAGACCAUCCUCGACAUCCCGCAGCAACUGCAAAGCCAAUACAAGAUCUCACCCACAUUCCUCCAAAAGGCGCUUGACAAGUACAACAUCCAGACAUGCGGCAAGGAUGCAUUGGUGGAGCACUUCACAAUCAAGAAGCAACCCACCAUCAUGGUGUCCUCCUCACGCCACUACUCCUGGCCGAAGGGCGGAGCCAUCGCCGGCGUCGGCUCCGGCAAUAUCAUCGGCAUUCAAGUCGACGACUCGGCCCGCGUCGACCUCGCAGAUUUGGAGAAGCAGCUGGAAGACCACCGGCUCGACGGACGCGCCGUCUAUGCCGUUGUUGCCGUCAUCGGCUCCACCGAGGAGGGCGCGGUCGAUCCGCUCCAGAAGAUCCUCGAACUCCGCCAAAAGUUCCAGGCGAAGGGCAUGUCGUUCCUCGUCCACGCCGAUGCCGCAUGGGGCGGGUACUUCACGACGAUGCUGCGUAAAGCGAAGAAGGACUACAAGCCCGCCGGGCUGCAGAAGAAGAAGGAUAAGAAGACUGCUGACGAUGCUGAGGGAGCAAGCGAGCAGGAAGAGGAGGAGUCCGACGGGGACUACAGCGAGGAUUCCGAUGCCGUGUCCGAGAUAUCGGUCGUGCGGUCUGGUCGCGGGCCUGGUACUGACGGUUUCGUUCCCGGCUUGAGCCUCCGUGUGGAAACGCAGCGUGACCUUGCUGCCCUGCGAUUUUGUGACUCGGUCACGGUAGAUCCGCACAAGGCGGGAUACAUUCCCUACCCGGCUGGCGCUCUGGCGUACCGCGAUGGACGCUCGAGGCAUCUCGUCACGUGGACUAGCCCGUAUCUAUCGAGGGGCUCGGUCACGAGCAUUGGCAUCUAUGGUGUCGAGGGAAGCAAACCUGGUGCGUCUGCCGUGUCGACCUGGCUCUCCAACAAGUGCAUCGGUCUCCACGAAGACGGCUACGGUGCCCUGAUGAGAGAGGUUUGCUUCACGUCGUCGAUGUUCUCGGCAUUGUGGGCUGCCCUCACGCCUGAUAAGGAGCUCGGCUUCAUGUGCGUCCCCUUCAACAAGCUCCCUUCCGAAUCCGGGGCUGGAGGGAGCAUCGAGGCGGACAAGAAGAGGAUUCGGAGCGAGAUCCUCAACAAAGAAAACAAAGACAUAGUCAAAGACGAGGCCUCAAUGAAGCUGCUCCGCUCACUCGGCUCCGACCUCAACAUCAACGCCUUCGCCUUGAACUGGUAUGAUGCCAAGGGCAAGCCGAACGAGGAUGUGGAAGAAGCAAACUACCUCAUGGAACGGGUCGUGAAGAGGCUGUCCAUCGAUUCACCGAACGACAAGCCCAGCAAAAUUCCAUUCUACCUUACCUCGACCGAGUUCGAGCACGAGCUCUACGGCAAGUGCGCGGCGACUUUCAAGCGGAGACUGGAGCUGGACGACUCCACUCAACAGCCCGUCAUGGUCCUCAGGAAUGUCGUCAUGAGCCCCUUCCCGACUACGAACGGCUUCCUCAAAACGGUGGAGGACGAGUUUGUCAAGAUAGUGAAAGAGGAAGUCGAGGUCUCCCGAAAACGCAACAGCGAUGCGCCCGACUUCCAUAGCUUCUUGAUCCACGGCGACAAACGCAUCUACCUAUCCUACCGCACCAUGUUUCACAUUGGCAGUCACCGCCGCCAGCUCAUCGUGUCCGCCGAACUGGAUGAUGCUGACCUUCAAGUCUACCGCGAUUGCAAGUUCACAACUGAGGACCCGCUGGUCCUCAAGACGGCAGAAAAGAUCGACCUUUCCAGCGUCAUCGCCGGCGUCGGAACCAGCCGCGCCCAGUUCACCGCCAACUUGACCACCAGAUCGCACGGCAUCCUCCACCCCGAAAUGACCGUCCGCAUCACCCACGUCGUCCUCGACCGGCCCCUCGACUCCAAAUCCCGCGAUGAUGCCUACCCAUCCGGCUUCAUGCCCUUCUACCUCUACGGCGCCGACGGCGAGUACCACCUGGACCACAUGCUGGUCCGCCACGACGGGCACAAGGGCAACAACAUCGCCCUGACCGCCGGCACCGUGACCCUCGACAACAUCCCCGCCGAGGACCUCAGUAGAGAACUGCAUGCCGGGAACCGCGCCGCCAUCGUCACCACUAGGGUACCCCCGGCUAAUGGUGGCGCCAUUAUUAAUAGCGGUGUACCCAGUGGCCGUUUCCGGGCGUUAUAA